AUGGAGUGGCCUAAAUUUUAUCCAUCUCGCAUACCACUUUUCGCUGUCAUUCAUGCUUCAGUUUUGUGCCCAAUCAUGUAUAUCAUCGCAAUUUAUCAUGAUCGUAUACAACCAGUUGUUCCAUACGUGAGCGCACUUGGUAUACACCCACCGGAAAAAUAUAUUUUUAUAUAUUCAUCAGGAGUAUUUGCAGUCCUAAAUAUUAUAAGUCAAUGGUUUUGGUACUUGAUGACGAGAAGAAGACUUGUGGAGAGAAAUGCUUGGUCAAUGGUCAGUGGACUCCUAUGCAUCAUCAUACUAAUGGGGUUUGCAAUAUCAAGCAUAUCCAUCAUAGGACUGGCUAUUAUUGAUGCAAAAACUGAUAAUGACAAACAUUACGACUUAGCUGUAAGGAAUUUCUGUUCUCACUUGAUUUCGAUUCCACUGGGUGCUCUGCUUGUUUUAUAUUCUUUCCGUCCAUGGAAAUGGUUUUUCUUGGCUAGAAUAAUUGUUUGGAUUCAGAUGAUUCUUGGUGCAUUUUUUUUCGUAUAUUUCAAUCAGCUUGGUCUCCUAUAUCCGGAAGCGGAAGACUUCUACUAUAUAAAAUCACAUGAACCGGGAUAUGAAGAAUUUAAAUGGAGCGCAGUGGGCGAAUGGUUUGUAGUACUGGGAAUCAUAGAAACCUCAUUCAUCACCAGUUUAGAACUACGUAAUUACGAAAGAGAGAUUGCAUAUGGAUGGAGAAGGUCUAAAAGUUCGUGGAGAGCUUAAUUAACUGCAAACAAACGCAUCUGAGGAUACAGACAUAAUUUAGGAUAAUUUAUAUCCUUUGUUCUGCCCAAGUCCUAUGAUUCUCAAGGAUUUUAUUUUCUUACAAAUAUGAAUAGAAACAUUAUUAUUAUUAGUUUUUGCACCACUUUCUUUACAUUCACAACUUACAUAUUAUAUGGAAAGAUGACAGUAUUAAAAGAAAACAGAUCUCAUGUUUGCAAUAUAUUUUCAUUUUUUAUGAAAUGAACAGUUAAAACGAUUAAAAAGUACUUCAUACUGCGAUCACCCAAUCAGCUUACAUAAUGGUAGAUUUCCAGAGGCUUCAAUAUUUCCAUACACUAUUUAGGAAAAUAAUAAUCACAGCAAAUAACUGUUAUCUGUAAUUUCAUCAAGCUCUGCUGUCAUAAAUCCCU